AUGAGUGCAACUACUUGCAGUUCAGUGAAAAAAAGAAAAAUUCCAACGCAAAAACGUGAAACAAAAAAGCAGAGAGUUGUUACAUUCAGUAAAAGAGGAACGGGUCUGUUUAACAAAGCAGCAGAAUUGUGUGUUCUCUGCAAUGCUCAGGUUGUAAUUUUGGUUUCUGCUCCUUUGGCCAAAGAAAAGUUUUAUACUUUUGCACACCCUAACAUCAAUCUUCUUCUCGACACAUUCCUCAAUAACCAUGUCUCUCAUCCCAUCAACAAUUACAAUAAUCUUUCUACUUCUUCGUCUCAUCAAAAUAUGGAGCAAUUAACUCCUAACAAUAAUGUGUCCAAGACCAAGAAGAGAAAGAGAGAGUCUGAAGAGUUUUGGGGGGAAAAUGAAGACUUUGAUGUUUACCAAACACCUGAAGAGGUGACAUCAAUCAUCGAGAAGUUAGAAAAUGUGAGAGAAAAUGUGGCGCUCAAACUUCAAAAAUUAUCAACUUCUAAUAAUCAAGAUAUUAACAGUAGCGAUCAUCAAAACUAUCAUCUUGGGUGCUUUGCUGAAGAUAUAAUGAACAUUAAUAAUGAGUACAGUAAAGAGAGUGGUGAUCAAAGUCAGUUUAUGACAUCCGUUGUGUUUCAGAAUUUAUCAACUUCUACUUAUCAUGGUAGUUGCAUUGAUCAAAAUAUAGUGGACAUUGAUGGAUUCAAGAACAAUGUUGAUUUUAUGCAAAUGUUGCCUCUAAAAUCUACUAUGCUUACACACAAUACCAACAAUGACAGCCAAGAUAUUGAGAAUUAUCACAAUGAUAUGGGUACUACAUUUGAAGCCCCAUUAUUCUUCUCUAAUGGCGUCGAAAAUUAUCAAGAUAUUGGUAGUGGUGAUCAUCAAAACUAUCAUCUUGGGUGCUUUGCUGAAAAUAUAAUGAAUAUUAGUCAUGAGUACAAUAAUGAAAGUGGCGAUCAGAGUCAGUUUAUGUCAUCUGUUGUGUUUCAAAAUUUAUCAACUUCUACUUAUCAAGAUGGUUGCAUUGAUCAAAAUAUGGUGAACGUUGAUGGAAACAAGAACAAUGUUGCUUUUAUGCAGAUGUUGCCUCUAAACUCUAUUAUGUUUACACACAAUACCAACAAUGGCACCCAAGAUAUUGAGAACUAUCACUGUGAUAUGGGUACUACAUUUGAACCCCCAUUAUUUUUCUCUAAUGGCAUCGAGAGAUGUGCUACGUCUUUUUGUAUUGGUGAUCAAAAUUUUAGUUGGAUGAAUGAUAAGAUCACUACUUCAUACAGUCAAAAUGAACAAUUUUCACCAUCCUUCUCCUCCGAUGACUUGGAUCACCAUAUCAAUACUUCUUUUGAGUGGGAAUUCAGAUAUGAGAAUCCUUCAUUUCUUCAAGAUAAUGCUACUGGAUUAGUUCCACUAUUUUCUCAUAGUGAUAAAGGCAUAGACAAGCAGAAUUUGUCUGAAUCAAAUUUUAAAGAUAAUAGUUUUUCAGUUACUGGAGCAACAACUGACAAUGACUUGCUUCUUGGUGACGACUAUGUUAAUUCUUCAACAAUGGAGGAUAACACUGAAUUUUUUUCAUUGUUGGAAUCUUUCUUUUCUAGUUGA